UUUAAUAGAGCGCUUCUGCACCAAAUUGCAGGCUUGAAGAGACAGUGUUUCAAAGGAUAAGAACUAUGACGUCCGAGAUGACUACAACAUCACCAGUUCUUAACACCACUUUUAUCCGACCUUAUGGCUUUUACGUCCGUGGUUUCUACGCCUUGGAAAACUCGAAUUACUACUUUAUAUGCUUAGGGGUGAUUUACAUCGCUACAAUAUUAGCCAAUGCACUGAUUAUGUCCAUCAUCUGGUUUGCUCAGCCGCUGCACACCCCGAAGUAUUUUGGGGUCUUUAGCUUGGCCUUGGUAGAUGUGAGUUACAGCACAUCACUCAUCCCGAAGUCUUUAGAUAUGUUUAUUUACGGGAACAGACUCGUCGAAUAUAAUACUUGUUUAACUCAGAUGUUCUUCGUCGAAUUUUUUUCUGCAAUGGAAUCGUACGCGCUCGUGGUUUUGGCGUACGACAGAGUAAUUGCUAUUUGUUUUCCUCUAAGAUGCAAAACUAUCAAUUCAAAUUCUAAAAUGAUCAUAGUUAUUCUAAUUUCUUGGGCUAUACCCUUUGUUAUUGUUCUAACAAUGGUGUGUUUCAUAACACGCUUGUCUUAUUGUAAAUCUGUAAUCGUUAACAGUUACUACUGUGACCAUGGACCGGUAUUUAAAAUUUCCUGCAGCGACUAUUCUAUCAACUGGUUUAUGGCUGCAUUUUAUAUAGUCGUUUUAUUGUUUUUCCCUCUCGCGUUAAUACUGGUGUCUUAUGUAUGUAUUGUAGUAGCACUGCUAAAGAUAGCAGAAGCCGAUGGUCGACGAAAAGCAUUCAAAACAUGCACUUCCCACUUAAUUUUGGUGGCUAUAUUUUACGUUCCGCUUUUAGUCACCAACAUUAUAGCCUGGGUUAACGUAUACAUUGAUACCGACACCCGAAUCCUGAACACGUCUUUGUCGGGUGCUAUUCCUCCUCUUCUUAAUCCUAUUAUUUACACUUUGAAGACUGACGAAAUUAUGGAGCAA